GAGUGACUCAGUGCUGCACAACUCUCUCUCUCUCUACCUACCCCUCUUCUCCCUCUCUGGAGCAGCACAUACGCUUCUGUAGAGCUGUGGAUGACUGUGAGCAGCGUUGAAUGUGUAGGAGUGUUUAAAUCGCUGUGGGAUGAGUGGACUAAUCGGGUUGUUGUGUGAUUACUGAUCGGAAGCGAAGAGGAAGCACAGCUCAGCUGAUCUCGGUGGGGAAAGGAGAGAUUUCAGCCCGAGAUUCAUUCACAGCCCGGAUAAACGGAGAGGAAAAGCGUAUGAGGCCUCGAGAGUGAAGAAUACAUUGUAGAGAUGGACCUUAAACUACUUUUUAUAUCAGCGUUGUUAGGAGUCAUAUCCUACAGCAGCGCCCAGCCAGAGGGGAACGAGUGCAUCAAGGCUAACGCCGAGUCCUGCGGUGACUGCAUCCAAGUAGGGGCCAAGUGUGGGUGGUGCACAGAUACAGAGUUCCUGAAGCAGGGCGAGCCCACGUCGGCACGCUGUGACGAGCUCGAGUCCUUAAAGAAGAGAGGAUGUUCGGUGCUCAAGAUUGAAAACCCUCAAGGGAGCCUGAAAAUCCUCAAGGACAAACCCGUGACCAACCGCAAGAAAGGAGGCGAGAAACUCAAACCUGAGGACAUCACACAGAUCCAGCCCCAGAAACUUGCGGUCAGCCUGAGAUCCGGAGAACCACAAACAAUUGAUCUAAAGUUUAAAAGGGCAGAGGACUAUCCUAUUGACCUGUACUACCUUAUGGACCUGUCCUACUCCAUGAAAGACGAUCUGGAAAAUGUCAAAAACUUGGGCACCAGCCUGAUGCUGGAGAUGUCGAAGAUCACAUCAGACUUCAGAAUUGGUUUUGGCUCGUUUGUGGAGAAGACGGUCAUGCCCUACAUCAGCACCACCCCUGCCAAGCUUCUGAACCCCUGCACUGGGGACCAGAACUGCACAAGUCCCUUCAGCUACAAGAACGUGCUGAAACUCACCAGCAACGGCAAGCAGUUCAACACACUGGUGGGUCAGCAGCAGAUCUCAGGAAAUCUGGACUCUCCAGAGGGCGGGUUCGACGCCAUCAUGCAAGUCGCUGUGUGUGGGGACCACAUUGGCUGGAGAAAUGUCACUCGUUUGCUGGUGUUUUCUACGGAUGCAGGUUUCCACUUUGCUGGAGAUGGAAAACUGGGUGGAAUUGUGCUUCCUAAUGAUGGAAAAUGUCACCUGGAAAACAACAUGUACACCAUGAGCCACCAUUAUGAUUACCCUUCGAUAGCACAUCUGGUGCAGAAACUGAGUGAAAACAACAUCCAGACCAUCUUCGCUGUCACAGAGGAAUUUCAGCCUGUUUAUAAAGAAUUGAAAAACCUCAUUCCAAAGUCUGCAGUGGGAACAUUGUCCGCAAACUCCAGCAACGUGAUCAACCUUAUUAUUGAUGCGUACAAUUCUUUGUCUUCAGAGGUGAUUCUAGAGAACAGUAAGCUGCCUGAAGGAGUCACCAUCACAUAUCAAUCCCGCUGCAAGAAUGGAGUAGUGAGUGUCGGAGAGGAGGGACGCAAAUGCUCCAACAUCUCAAUUGGAGAUGAGGUCGCCUUCAGCAUAAACAUCACAGUUAAUGGCUGCCCCAAACAAGGCAAGGCUCAGAUCCUAAAGAUCAGACCUCUGGGCUUCACUGAGGAAGUUGAGAUAAAACUGAGCUUUAUCUGUGACUGUGAAUGCCAGAAAAACGGCAUCGCGAACAGUGACCUCUGCCAUAACGGCAAUGGCACCUUUGAAUGUGGCGCCUGCAGGUGUAAUAAGGAUCGUAUUGGCCGAGAGUGUGAGUGCUGGAAAGACGAGGUGUCCAGUGAGGACCUUGAAAAGACCUGCCGCAAGGACAACGGCACCGACCUCUGCAGCAACAACGGCGAAUGUGUGUGCGGCAAGUGUGAGUGUAAGAAGAGGGACAACCCUGAGGAGUACUACAGCGGCGAGUACUGCGAGUGUGACAACUUCAACUGCGACCGCUCCUCCAACAAGCUCUGUGGAGGCCAUGGCCGCUGUGUAUGCCGAGCCUGCGUUUGUGAUGCUAACUACACAGGAAGUGCAUGUGACUGCUCCUUGGAUACGUCGACAUGUCUGGCCUCCAAUAAUCAAAUCUGUAACGGCCGAGGCAUAUGUGAAUGUGGAAUCUGUAAGUGCACUGAUCCUAAAUUCCAGGGCCCCACGUGUGAGAUCUGCCCCACCUGCCCUGGAGUCUGCACUGAACACAAGGCGUGUGUGCAGUGCCGAGCCUUUGGUACAGGAGAGAAGAAGGACACUUGUGAGAGAGACUGCAGUUACUUCACUCUGAUUAAGGUGAAACAUACGGAUGACCUGCCUCAGCCUGUACAAGCCUUCCCACUCAUGCACUGCAAGGAGAGAGAUGCUAACGACUGCUGGUUCUACUACACCUACUCUGUCACUAACCACACCGAGGUCCAUGUCGUCGAGACUUUAGAAUGCCCAGCUGGUCCUGAUAUCAUCCCCAUUGUGGCUGGAGUGGUGGCAGGAAUAGUGCUGAUUGGACUAGCUCUUCUGUUAAUCUGGAAAUUGCUCAUGAUCAUUCAUGACCGCCGCGAGUUUGCCAAGUUUGAGAAAGAGAAAAUUAAUGCCAAAUGGGAUAUGCAAGAUAAUCCAAUUUACAAGAGUCCUGUUAAUAAGUUCCAGAAUCCAAACUAUGGACAUAAAACUGCAGCUUUUUAAGGCGAAAAUCCGAUCUACAAGAGUGCCGUUACAACCGUCAUCAAUCCCAAAUAUGAAGGCAAAUAAUGCACAUCUCCCAUGUGCUCAGAGCAGUAUUCUUCAUUUCAGUUCGAAAUCUUGUCUUCCCAUUUAAAUUUCUUUUCAUUUUAUUUCGUAGAACUACGCGUUUAUAUUGUAGCACUGCGUUAAAUAGGACGCGAGCAUUUUGUGCCUCCUCUCCUCUGUUUUAUUGCGAAACAUGUACAGUUUGUAAAGACUUUAUCAGCAUCUGAAGCUCUUGUUUAAAAUACUGUUUGUAUUAUUUCCCUUUGUUUCACACAUUGAUGAGAACAUUUACUGCAAAUUCAUUGAUGCAGAGACCGCUAUUAAUCCUUCAUAAGCGAUACAUAAGGUAUGAAGCGAACCUUUAUUACGACAGUUUAUUAUUAUCUAUUCUAGUCUUCAUUUCUAUUGGAGAGAACCAAACAGCAUUAUGCAACAGCAUCACUGUGAGUGUGUAACAUCUGACAUGACAAUCUGGAGUACUAUUUGUAUUGGUGUCUUUUUAUUAUGCUAAUGAUUCUAGACAUAUUUGCUUAGCAAGCAUUGAAGGCAUGUUAUGGGCUUAUGUUAUGUUAUUUUAUGUUAUGUUAUAUUCCAAAGUUUUGAAACAUAGUCUAGAGCAAUUUUAUGCAACACUCACAGACGCUUUAGGGGCAUUUCACUCAUAAACGCACGUGGCUUUGGUCAGAUUUUCCUUCUCAUUCUCUAAGACAAAUGAUGACGAGCGAUUUUGCAACUUUAUGUAUAUCUGACUUCAACCUGUGUCUGUGAAAGAGCAUAUCCUUUACUGAGAGUUGUUUGUAUGUAGUCCUGAAAUCAGUAUGUCUACUGAUAUCUAUAGUUAAAGCCUCUGGCAAAAUUGGCGGGUGGGGGGGCAGUAUAUUUCUUAAACUGCUAUUUAAUUAUAAUUGAAAGCUACUAUAGGAAAACUCCUAUUUUCAACUUGAUCAAAACAUUGUGGGUGUGUCAGAGUGCAUUAUGAUUGACAGUAUAGUUACCCCAGCAACACAAAUCUAUCAUUACUUGCUGAUUUACUUUAUAUGUAGUAAGUUAUUUUGAGUAUGAAUACUUGCAUACAUAUACAAAUCAUUUUCUCAGAUUUUUAUGAGGUUAUAAAUCUCUCGGCUUAAAAAAAAAAUUAAACCACUAAUGUCUUUUUUUUUUUUUUUAAACAAAAACUAUUAGAUUUGUGAAAACAUUCAUGGUACAUGGUUGUGUGGUUAAACGUUUUUAUUCUGUUCUAAUGUUUAAGAUGUGUUUACUUUUAAAACAAAGAAAAUGCCAUUUUGAUGUCUUUGCCAACCACCAAGACAUAUGGAAACUGGAAAAUUCUUGAUAUUUGAUGUACAAUGCAAUAUUAUAUUACCCAAGAUGCCUCAAAUCCUAGCCCAGUCCUUUAUUUUAAAGUGCCUUUUCGACAUGUUCACUAUUGCCAUGCUGUUUUGAAUUUAUUUAUUAAAACCAACUCUUAAAAACA